AAGGCCCUUCGUCGUCCAUUCGCCCGCUGGAUAAGCCCCAUUACCGGAGCAAGUGGAGGAGCAAAGAACCGAAGUGAGCCGCUGUGCAAAGUGAGUCUGGUCCCUCCUGACAGGAUGGUCGCACGUCAUGUCUAUCAACUCACGGUCACCACCGGGUCCAUGUUCGGGGCAGGGACUACCUCACGGAUCGGCUUGCAACUCUUCGGGUCAGAGGCCACAUCCCCAGUCAAGAUGCUGAACCCCAACAGAGAGGCUUUGGUGCGCGGAAGCACUUUACAUUUUGUCAUGCCUGUGCGAGAGUCACUUGGAGAAGUGCUGUUGUUGCGCAUCUGGCAUGAUAACUCUGGGAAAGGAGACACGGCAUCCUGGUUCCUCGGAAGUUUUGUCGUCAGAGAUAUAGAAACCGACGUGGUAUCGUAUUUCACCUGCAAUGACUGGUUAUCAAGAGAAAAGGGGGACGGUGAAGUGCAGAAGGUGGUUCACGCAAGUACUGAAGAGGAUCUGACAUCCUUUACCAAUGUCUUCAAUGAGGCAACCAGAGACGUGUUCUACGAUAAACAGCUCUGGACGUCUGCCCUUGUAGCAGCACCGGGUUCAAUCUUCACAAAGGCCCAGCGUCUGUCCUGCUGCUUUACUCUACUGAACACCAUGAUGCUAUCCAGCGCCAUGUGGUACAAGGCAGAAAACACAACUGCCGACACCAGAGUGUUGAACCUGGGGUUUGUUCGUUUCACCAUACAGAUCUUUGUCCUUGCUGUGGGUCUGGCUGCCAUCUUUAGCCUCCCGUUCCUCACCAAGCCGCAAGUUAUUCUGAAGGAAGACCUGCAGCUGAACCUGUGGAACUCGAAAGCACCGAAGAAGGUCUAUCCACCUGCCAAGCCUGAUGUGAAAUCGGCUAGGAAGAAGAAGGAACUGAAUAAGAAGUCAGCUUCUGCACUGAAGGAGUUUCUUCUCUUGCUUCUCUUCGUGGUGCUCCUCUUCUACAUUGCCCAGGCGGAUAAAGACCAACAGCCUUUUUAUGAGACACAGUCCUUGUCGAACAACAUUCUGCAAGAAUAUGACACGAUUAAAACUCCGGACCAGUUCUACGCGUGGACUGAGGACGUCCUGCUGCCGACCCUUUACCCAGCUACCUGGUACAACGGAAGGGACAUGAAGUACUUAGACCGACAGUUUGCACACAACACGGGAUCCUUCCGCCUCGGUCCUCCACGUCUGACACAAGUUAGGAAACUUCCAGGUGAUCUGGGAUUUGAACGCUUUGUUGAACUGCAAACCGCUGCAUGGUGGGAUUCUUGUUUUAAACACAUCCUGGGUCUUGUUGUCUUCCUCAACACCAUAUCCCUACUUCGCGUCGUCCGCUUCAGUCAAACAAUCGGCAAACUCCUGGCUCUUCCCGGCAUCAUGAAGGAGGAGCUCUUGUCGUUCUUGGUUGUUGCCGCCAUCGCUUUUAUCGCCUUCAUCAGCUCGGCACACCUCAUAUUCGGAAGCCACAUGGAACCUUACGCAGACCUGUACCACACAACGUUUGCACUCUUCGAGAUGAUGCUUGGCAGGUUCUUCGCCCAGGACAUGUUGGACUCCAACCCUCUCACCGGGCCGAUCUUCUUCUCUUCGUUCAUGAUCUGCAUCUUCAUCCUCCUGAUGAACUUCCUCAUGACCAUCGUCUGUGACGCCAUUUCCGCCGACGUGGACGUCAGCCAUGACCAAGAGCUUGGAGAGUACAUCUGGAGGAGCUUCCGGGCCAUGUUAGGGUUUCACAGCACGCCGGAUAAGGAGAAUAAACCAGGUGAACUGAAAUUGAAAGGACUGGAGGCCAACAUAGUCAUCAUUCAGGAGAAACUUGAUGAAGGUCUGGACAUCUGUAACUCCAUCUUGCCUUCACGGAAGCAGGUGACGUCUGACAAAAUAACCCGGGAAGAUGAGAAAUUACCAAUAAUUGUCGACGAAAGUCACCAAAGUACCACUGUCAUUCGAAAUGAUAACCACAACAUCCAAAAGCCAACUGGUACUAAUGUAGAUACCUUUGAUAUUGACACUGAAAUCCAAAUCCUGGAGCAAGAAUUUGAGGAAGAAGAGAAAAACCGAAAAAAAAUAACAACAGAGCAUCACCUAUUAACUGAGAUAAGGGUGCAGACCAAGCAAAUUGAGGACAUCCUUGUUAGGGUAAAUCGUGCUACAACUAAACCGACUGUGCAAAAGGCACCCCGGUGUAUCCAGGUUGCAGCAGCUCCACCUGAGAAGCGAAAUGUGUCAGGUGACACACAGAAUGGAAAACAGCAGCCUGCAGGAAACACGUGGAUCUCCGAUCUAAAGCUCACCGCUGAAGACAAGGCUGUACUCCUUAGUGACGAGGUGCUGACAGACAAACACAUCCAUGCCGCACAGAUGUUACUCCGCCGUCAGUAUCCGGGAUUGGUGGGACUACAAGAUACGACAGUAGGAGCGUCUUCGUACGGAUACACACGGGUCUCCGGAGAAGGUCUACAGAUUCACCACACCGGCCAAUUCCACUGGGUACUCUCGUCCUCCAUAGGUGGACAUGUCAGUGUUUAUAACAGUAUCCCCGGUAGGAUAAAUGCAUUGUUGGAGAGCCAGUUGACGCAGUGCUACGCGCCAGUCCCCAACAUGGCCACCGAUGUACUGACUGUCAAAGUGCCACGUGUGCAGCUGCAGGAAAGCGGAAGUACAUGCGGACUGUUUGCCAUAGCGUGGGCUGUAGACAUCGCGAUGGGGGCGGAUGUGACCCAGGUCAGGUACAACGAGAGCAAGAUGAGAGCCCAUCUCCUGGACUGUUUCGAACGCGGUCAGCUGUCUCCCUUCCCGCGGGUCCGUCUGGUCACCAGGCGGCGAGCCAGUGCAGUUCACCGGAUCGGUUUGAUUUGGAACCAGAUCCAGCUUGCUAGGAGCAGAAAGGAAGACCUCCAUGUCGUCUGGCUGGACUUGGCAAACGCCUAUGGGUCUAUUCCACACAAGGUCAUCCAGUAUGCAUUGGAGUUCUUCUGGGUACCAAAGGAAGUGAAACAGAUGGUCCACAACUACUUCUCUAACUUUAAGCUAAGCAUCAGCAUCAGGAACUAUACCACAGGCUGGCAGAAGGUGGAGAAAGGCAUUGCCAUGGGGUGUUCCAUUUCACCAUUAUUGUUCAUCAUGGGAUUUGAAGUUCUCCUGGUUGGUGCCAAACAGGUGGUGGGAGGAGUCAAGGCACCAACGGGGGAGAGGAUGCCAGCACUCCGUGCAUUCAUGGAUGAUGUGACAAGCAUUCUCCGUACUGCACCGUGCACCAAACGUCUGCUGCAGAGACUAGAAGAACUGACAGGAUGGGCAGGUAUGCAGUUUAAACCAGCAAAGUCUAGAAGCCUGUCUCUUAGGAAAGGAGUGAUCAGCAACAGGAUCUUCUCAGUAAACGGCCAACAAAUCACGAACAUUCAGGAAGAACCAGUAAAGAGUUUAGGCCGGCUGUAUACAAGUAGUCUGAGUGACAGAGGUAGAGGCCAGGAUGUAGUCGACCAAGCAUGUAACGGCCUGAGACUGAUUGACAAGUGCGAGUUACCAGGGAGACUGAAAAUCUGGUGUGUGCAGUUCAUGCUGUUUCCGAGACUCAAGUGGCCACUUAAGACUUACAACAUCUCUAUAUCUACAGUCGACUUAAUAGACAGAAAGGCCAAUUCCUACUUCCGACGUUGGCUAGGAGUGCCGAGAUGCCUGUCCACGGUUGCCCUGUUUGGCAGGAAUAAGCUAAACCUUCCACUCACAUCUAUUGCAGAAGAGUUUAAGCUCGACAAGGUCCGACUUUCCCUGGAGCUGGAAGGGUCCCAGGAUGCUUCAGUGAGAGCUGCAAACAGAGGAGUAGACACAGGGAGAAAGUGGAGUGCGAAAGACACCAUCGAGAAAGCUGUGAGCAGACUGAAGCACAAUGACCUGGUAGGGGCAGUGCAAGUAGGAAGAACUGGUUUAGGGUGGGGAGAGUGUACACAGAGAUGGAGGAGUGCCAACCCCAGGGAAAGGAGGCAGUUGGUGUCGUAUGAGGUUAGAAGGAUGGAGGAGGAGGGCAGGAUGGUGACCGCAGUUGGUCAGAGCCAACAAGGUGCCUGGCUAAACUGGGAUGGUGUGGUCGAGAGAAGGUUCACAUGGACCGACCUGUGGAACAUACAGAGUGCCAGGUUGAGCUUCUUAGUGAGAGCAACGUACGACGUCCUCCCCACCCCUCGUAACCUCACCCGGUGGUAUAGGAAUGAGGAGUCUUGCCAGCUGUGCGGGGUAGCUCAAGCCGACUUGAAACACAUUCUGUCAGGCUGCAAGACUGCUCUGCAACAAGGUCGCUACACAUGGAGACACAACAAGGUGUUAAGACAGCUAGCAGUGAAGCUGGAGGAAGUAAGAAAGGAAUCCUCUAGAUCGUCAUCAUCCUUCCAGGCUAUCCAGUUUGUGAGGGAGGGUCAGAAACCAAGAUCCUCAGCAGCUACUGGUACAGUUAACUCAGGAGGUAGUAUUCUGUGCAGAGGAAAGUGGGAGAUGAGAGCAGACUUGGAAAGACAACUCCACUUCCCGAGCACCAUCUGUGAGACAUCUCUUAGACCGGAUCUAGUUCUGUGGUCCGAGGAUCAGAAAGCUGUACUGAUCAUUGAGUUAACCAUCCCGUGGGAAGAAAAUGUGCAAGCAGCAUUUGAAAGAAAGAAACUGAAAUAUGAUGAUCUGGUCCUGCAGUGCAAGCAGAAAGGCUGGCAGACGCGACUAUACCCAGUAGAAGUCGGUGUAAGAGGGUUUGUAGGGACUUCCUUCAUGCGUCUGUGCAGGGACUUCAACAUCAGGGGAAAAGCCCAGACUCAGCUCACUAGACAGGUGACUGAAGAAGCAGAAAGAAGCAGUUUCGUAUUGUGGCUGAAGAGAAAGGACAAGGCGUGGAAGUCCUUCCAGAGAAGUGGCGACAGUGCCUGA